AUGGGAGGAAAGCUGAGACACAUGCUGAUUUUCCUUCUCAUCAUCCUGGAGGUACCCAACAUGGCAAGAAAAAUUAGAUGCAAAGACUGUGCACCAGCAUCAUCAUACUGCAGAUGUAACAAUAUGGGCCUCUACAGCAUUCCUCAACACCUCCCAACAUCCAUCUCAGGCCUGGUUCUGGCAGGAAAUCUAGCUGGCGUUGUCCUGGUUGGCACCAUCUUCCUCACAGUUUGGUACAAGAGGAGGACCAGGCAUCCUCCAUUAAGACUGAGUCCCAAUGUUGUUGGUGGCAACACAAAUACAGCAGUUUCUGUAAUGACCAGUGGUCAUGAUAGCCAGUAUGGAGAUAUUGACAACCAUCGUGAUCAGACAGGGCGGUGUCAGUCUCAGGCCAUCGCUGAAUCCAACAUGAAUACCAUGGCUACUGUAAUGACCAGUGGACAUGAUCACCAAUAUGAAGAUAUUGACAACCAUCGUGAUCAGACAGGACAGGGUCAGUCCCAGGCUAACAUUCAACCUCUAUCUCUACACGCUCUAGCGCGUAGCAAGGUGCUAGCUGCGUUGAAGCCAAAUACCAUGUACCAAGGUGUGGAAAUACCACCACCAAAUGACCCAACAUCCACCAUCAGUCGUAGUCAGACAGGGCAGAACCUGUUUCAGGCCAUCACUGAAUCCACCACAAACACCACAGCUACUGUAAUGACCAGUGGUCAUGAUCAGACGGAGCAGGGUCAGUCAGGAACCACCAAUGCUAGAAAUCUAUCUUAUGGCACAGGACCGAUUGCCUCGCAGCUAAAUUCUCUAUACUAA